CCGCCAUAAAACCCACAGAAGAAGAAGAAGAUAAUUCCGAGUUGGAUGACCGUUCAAAUCGAUUUUCCCCGCUAGUUACCCCCCCCCGAUAACCCAGUUUUUAUUAAACACACUGAAGUCUGAAUUUUCCGAGUUCCCAGUUGGUUUGAACGCGGCAGUAGUGAGCUAGCUGGAGGAAGGAACACAGUCCACUAUGGCGGAGACGCACAGCUUGCAGGACCUGCAGCAACAAGCAGCCGUCGCCUCCAAAGUGUAUGUCCAGAGGGACUACAACUCGGGUAAAAUCUGCAAGUUCCAGACCAAGUUCCCCUCUGAGCUGGAGUCUAGGGUUGAUAAGCAGCAGUUUGAGGAGACGAUGCAGACGCUUAACAACCUUUACGCUGAGGCCGAGAAAAUUGGUGGCAAGUCUUACCUGGAGGGCUGCUUGGCCUGCAUGACAGCCUACACGAUCUUCCUCUGUAUGGAGACUCACUAUGAGAAAGUAUUGAAGAAGAUCGCUAGGUUCAUCAAGGAGCAGAAUGAGAAGAUCUACGCUCCUCUGGGACUGCUGCUGACAGACCCAAUAGAGCGAGGUCUCAGGGUUGUUGAAAUCACAAUUUUUGAGGACAGAAGUAUUUGCUCUGGAAGAUGAACCACACCAAAGGAUGGCCUAUUUCACCUGGUGCAUCCCAAUUGUCUCGCCACACACAUCAAUAAGUCCUUCUGGAUGUAGAGAUCAUUGUUUUCUGUUUUUAUUUAUUUCACAAAAGGGAUGGGCUAUGUGUGCUAGUAGCCUAUAUCCCGCUGAAACAAACACUACCUGUUUUUACAUGUUUAUUGAGAUUAUUCAUUUGAACGUGAACAAGUCUUAUUCUAGUUUAGCAAGACCACACCUUUAGUAUGAAUGGUGCCGUUUUGUUUUAUAUUGCCAUUUUAAACUCUUACUCAUUAAAGGUGCAUUGUGUAAUAUCUCCAAAUACAAAUAGCCCUUAAAGAUAUAGUUCACCCACAGUUUUUAAACCUGUGUUUAAUAUACCCUCUUUUGUUCACAACAUUAGCAAAAUGGUUCCUUACCUUGACAGUAGUCUAUGGGCCAGGAGAAACUGUAAUCCACUACAAUUCAUAUUUGUUUACUAAGUCACUGACACCAACUGGGUGAUUCUCACGAAGCUGGCACAUUACAUUUUCCACCAUAAUUCCUCUUGGAUCACUAAGAUUAGGAUCUAUAGUUAUCUAUUUCAUCAUUAUUGUUAUGUUUAUUGAUCAGAUAUUAUGCAUUUUACCACGAUUUCCACAACUACCAAUGCAAAAAUUCUCAUUAUCGCAAUAGUUUUCGAAGUCCCAAAAAGUAAUAAACCAACCAAUUUCUAUAUAUAUUUUUUAGCAUUGCUCACCUAAUAAAAAGGCCUGUGUUAAACAUAACACUAAAAACAAAUAUAUUUAAAAUUCGUUUCUUAAUGUAUUUUGUAAUUUCUCAUUACCGCAACACACAACCUUUGCUGAAUCAUCUAGUUUUUUUGAAUAAUAACUUGUUUUUAUGUAAACCUAUUUACUUUAACAAUAAAGAACAAAAGGCACACUAUCAGAUUAAGCCAAAAUGACUAGUGUACAUUUUACUUUUUGUAAUAUUUCCUAAAUAUUGGUGUAUUGCAGUAAUGAUAAGAUGGAUCCGGAGAUGAGAAUGCAUGUUUCGGUAAUGAGUGUUGCAUAGUUUGCCAUUUAAAAACUGUACUGAGCUCUAUUAGAUUCAGUAACCCAAUACAUCAUCAAACUGUGUCAUUUGUUAAUCCCAAAUGAUUUGAAUAAUAUGAAAAUCACUGAUCUUAAUGCAAUUUACUAAAAUAUGCCUUAAUUUAGCAUAAGUACUGUUUAUUUAUUUUCGAAAGUGGACUUGAGCAUAAAAAGGUGACUUUUUUUACAAGUAAUAUUGGUGUAUAAGGACGUGGAUAUGUGUGGUUCUAAGGUAUUUUAGAUGUAUUUCUAAAUUGAAUAGCCUCCUAUGCGCAAAUGGCAUAACACAAUAUGCCUAUGAAGUAUUUAAAUAUGUGGGAUAUGGACCAAAAAAAGUGGUAAAACAGGUACAUAUGUAAAAAUGGGGGAUAUCCUCCUUUAAGUGGCAGGGCUGCUCAUUGUUGAAACAAACUCCAGAUUGUGGCUUUAAGUAAAUUCAAUGGGGUUUAUACACCCAUAUUUCUUUGAUCCUACUUAAUCGAAUAAGUUAUGUUUUACCAAAUAUCUAUACAAUAGGUGUAAGCAGUAGUCCUAGUAAAUAAUUAAAGUUACCAGCACAGCACACCCAUUGACUAUACAAUAAAAAAUUAGCUUAUUAUCAUUACAGAAAUGAAGGUUCUCAUUAACGAAAUACCUAAAAGUGAUGCGGUAAUGAGAGGCACUUAGCUCAAUCUGCAAGUAAUAGGAGACAGCAAACAAUUGACCACAUCACUAAAGCCCAUUCAUGCCUCCAUGUUGGUAAGGUGAUGGUUCUGUUUUUCCCAAUUAGAGCUUUUUCCUAAUUUUGGUAAUGAGGUUGUCAAGUGUCGUAAAGGGGGUGUUUGAGAAUAUGAUUCUCAUUCUGAAGACAUAAAUAAAGAUAUUAAAUGAACUUGUGUUCAUCUAAGGACUACUCUUCUAGAUGAUGCAUCAUGGGUGAAUAAAAUUGGAGUUUUUACAGCAAUUUGAAAGUGUUACGGUAAUGAGAAACAUGUCCACAGACACUGUUUUAAUGUAAUAAAUAUUAUAGUUUAAUGUAAACUUCAACUAGUACACAAUUUAUGAUUUAUCGACAAACUACAGCAACAUAUUGUGUUUAUUCAAAUAAGUUAGGUUUUUCUAGGGGCGGCAGGUAGCUUAGUGGUUAAGAGCGUUGUGCCAGUAACCGAAAGGUCGCUGGUUCUAAUCCCCUAGCC